AUGACAACUGCCAAUCGCAAUCGUAUUCUUUUACUCACAGAACAUAUUGUACGACUGGCACAGUCUGCAUCACUCAUUCAAUUUGGUGUCUCGGAUGCAGAAUCAGAGGAAUCCAGUUCAAUCACUGAAACUAUGUUUCCUGCUCGAACUCCAAAUUGGCUGAGAUCCCUUGUCAUGGUUCCUAUUAAAAAAACAAUGGAAGAUUAUUUCAAACAACAGCCUGUAGGUGAGGCAAAAAUAGCUGUUAUUGUUGCGCUAUCUCAAGAUCAGAAACUGUUGAUUGGGGUUCACUGUGAUGCCUUGAAUCCACCAGAUCUCACUCUACCAUGUAAAGUAGCAAUGUUUGGAGCUCCAAGAAUCAAUCCCCGUGCAAAAAUCACAUCAUGGAUCACAGAUCGCAAGUAUAUUGAAGCUCUGCAACCACAAGGGUAUCAUGAGAGUAUUUUGAUUGACGAAUCUGGGAAUAUCUAUGAAGGAACAACCACCAAUCUUGUUGUUUUGCUGAUGGACAAGUGUGGACAUCCUGUUUUGCUCUCAGCACCUAAAGGUACAAUUCUUGAAGGCACUGUUCUUGGCCUGGUUAAGAAAGCAUGUCAAAAUCUGUCAUUGGAAUUUCGCAGAGAGUUUCCAAAACUAGAUACUAUUGAACACUGGAAAGGAGCGGCUAUUUUAAAUGCUGCUCGAAUCAUGUCUCCUGUUUCGACUGUGUAUAUACAAGGUCUAGAAACUAGUAUUCCAGUACAUCAUGAUACAAUGAUCGCUUUGUCUAAGGAGAUUCAAACCCUAUUGUAUGCUUCAGAAUAA